GUUGAGCACAAGGUGACGGAAGAGCUCAUAUGUAACAGUCCAGUCGUCAAAGAAAGCAGCUUUACCAGCUGCACUGCGCUCCUUGCUGUCUCCCCUGUUCUAAGGUGCGAGAGAGAGAGAGAAAAAAAAAAGGAGCAUGCAUCGCAUUUCUAAUCUAAUACGAUAGUCAUCCACUUUGCCGCGCAUAAUGCUCGUGCUUUCCCACUUUGUACUUAAAUUGCAAAAGCUCCUGUCUCCCACCCCUUCCUUCCCCACUGCCGUUUGCUUGGCCAUCUCCAGCUCACUCCCCCCUCGCUAGAGGUAGAGCCUGCUCUGCUCAGCUCAGCCGCAUCCUUGCCUCCACUGCAAAGAUCUCUCUCCCUUCUUCAAUGGCAUCUGCCUGCCCUCUUACUCUCAGAUUCCUCUUCUCCUGCAUCCUCCUUCAAACAAUCUGCUGUUCAGGAGUAUCUGUGGAGCUAUCAUACGAUUCAGCACAGGUCAAGGCGCUGUCCAGCUCAGCCGUCACCGAGUACAGAGUCACGGUCACCGACAAGCGGCGUGCCUAUUACGUCUUCCAGAAGCCGUUUGUGUGCAGAGACAAGCCAUGCAGAUCGUCGGAGCCUAUCGCCGCCGCCGGCUCAUUUGUCAACGAGGCUAUUGCUGGUGCCAAACGGCAUGAGCCAGAGGCAAACGGCGAGCUCGCCGUGGUUGCGGAGAUCGAAGGGGCCGGCGUCGUGCCCCACGUCAAGAGCCGUGUGGCUCCAAGCGCGGUGGCAAUGAGUAGCGGCCGGGAGAAGAGGCUCUUGGGUGUCCUGGUCGACGUGCCCUCCCCUCGGCGGGAGCUCGGCGAGGCAAGAGCCACGGCGCGCGACGAGUUCUCUCCGGUCAGCAACCCGGCGACGACUCCCGUGAGCAACCCAGUCACCGUGCCGGCCACCAACCCGAUGCCCCCGGGCUUCGUCACCGUGCCAUCGACCAACCCGGGCAACGGGAUCGCGACCAACCCGAACCUGCCGCCGUUGUACCCGGAGCCGACGACGCCGGGCACCAUGCCCAUGCCUGACCCGACGACGACGCCCGUGACCGUGCCACCCGCCUUCACGAAUCCGGUCGCCGCGCCGAACACCAUGCCGGGGACGGCGGUGACGAACCCGGCGACGACGCCGACGCAGUUCCCUGGCUCGUCGCCUGUCACCAACCCGGUGACCACGUAUCCGUACCCGCAGCAGGGCGGCAUGCCGGCAACAACGCCGCCAGCGGUGUACCAGCCUCCGGCGACGGCGAUGCCCGGCACGGUGCAGCCGGGCGCGCCGACCGUGGCAGGGCAGGCGGCGUGGUGCGUCGCCAAGUCGGGGCUCAUGGACACCGCCCUCCAGGACGGGAUCGACUACGCGUGCGGCGUCGGCGGGGCCGACUGCUCGGCCAUCCAGCCCAUGGGCGCCUGCUACAACCCCAACACGCUGCAGGCCCACGCCUCCUACGCCUUCAACAGCUACUUCCAGCGCAACCCGUCGGCGGCGAGCUGCGACUUCGGCGGCGCCGGCAUGCUCGUCAAUGUCAACCCAAGCUCAGGAACUUGCGUGUACCAGACACCAGCAGGUUUCGGCGCCGGUUACAGCCCGGGGACGACGGGCGUCGGUGUGCCUAGCGGUUACACUCCGGGGAUGUCGGGCGCCGUGGGAGGGGGCUCCGGCUCCACGGUGCUGAACGCCAACGACCCCGGGGGUAACUCCAUGUACGACGACGGCUACGACAACCCGACGGGGCUCACCGCCGGCUCGGCGUCGCUGUCCUGCGGCGGCCGGGUCGUCGUGUGCCUCAUCUGGAUGGUCACCUUUGCAUUUGUCAGGGAGAAAAUGUUGUAGAGCCCACCUCGAGCUGCUGGAAGGAAAUAGGAUCACACUGCUGUCACAUGUUUGUUUGUUAAUCAGUUGUGUCGUGCUGUACAUAUACGAUCGAGUGAGUUUCUCAUAUGCGAGAUGAGAUGACGAGUACAUGUUUUUUAUGUCGGUUGUACAGGAGUGGAUUCAAAGAUGAAAAUGGGAUUGGAGCAAUUCAAAAAAAAAA